UGUUCUUGUGUUUGUGAUUGUAAAUAAAGGCCAAACAGUCGCGCGAAACAUUAAGACCAACCUUUGGGCCUGGCCAGAAUGUAACACCUCACGAGGGAGAGCAAACAGUGACCAUGUGUUUAUUAAAUGAUUGCGCACACUGUGUGUUAUUAUGGCCCUACUGAAUAAGCUCUUCUUUCCGUCGCCAACACCAACAACACCCGCGAAUUUAGCGGCAGCGCCCACGCUGACCGCAGCAGCAGCGCUAAUUAAUAGCCAAACAGCACUACCAACAACAACUACAGGAACAGCGGCAGCAACAACAACAACAGUAACGACAACAACAUUGCCGGCGCGUACAACUCACGCCUCUGCCGGCGUCGCUGCCUCUGCCGGCAAUAGUUCGUCGUCCGCAAAAGCUACAAAACAAACUUCGCGAAAUUAUCUAAGUCAGUUCCCCUUCGAGGGCAGCCAGGUGCGAGUUCUGCUCUACAAAGAGGAUGACAGCCGGCGACUGCUCUUCGACUCGAAUGCCCUGCAAAAGGUGACGCACAGGGACCCAUCCGGCACAUCCGCAUCCGUAUCAUCCUCAUUAUCCUCAACGAGUGGCGGUGGAAAGUUCCUCAAAAAUGAAAAGUACACCUCGCUGCAGAAUGGCAAGAUUCAGUCAAAGGCACAUUCCAGCAAUGGCAGCAACUUCAUCGAGGUGUGCGCGGAGUAUGGCUAUAAGCAUAACCGACCCUCUGGAGCGGACAUCACACCGCUGGGCGAGAUGGUGUUUGGCUCGCUGCCGAUGUCCUUUUGCGGAACGGCCCUGAAGGUGCACUGGCUGCCGGAGCCGGCGAGGAUCCUGUGCUCCCAAGUCUACCUGACGCCCACGAGCAAUGGAGGAUCUGGAUCCGGUCACUCUCCCUACUCCACGCUCUCCACGAACAGUCUGGCGACGCCGCGCACCUCGAUAUGCAGCGAACACGGCUCCAUGGAUGGUCUCUCGAUGAACUCCUUCUCCAUGCCGUUUAGCGUGUGCGUGGGGCGGCAGAUGAGCCUGACGCCACCGUUGGAUGUUCCGGCGGCGCCGGCGGAUCAGCAGUCACUGUCCAUACACUCGAUAGACUCCAGCGGACCGCGAUUCUCCUCCACAUAUAGCACGGCCACGGAUUCGGGCUAUUCGGCCAGUGGGAGUGGCAGUGCAGCUGGCGGGGAUCAGUGGUCCUAUCAGUACUCAUCGACGCGCAGCAGUCUGGGUAGCGUCCUCUCCGAUCAGUCGGAUGCGAUGCGCAAGUUAAGCAUGGACUCGGCCUGCUACACGGGAUCCUCUCCGUACCUGGACGGAUUCGCCAGCGAUGGCUGCCUGCAGCGAAGAAUCUCGCGCAAUUUGCGCACCUCCUUUGAGAAUGAGCAUUCCAAGAACGAUUUUAUCGGCUUUCUCAGCGACAACUACGCAUUCAGUGGCCCGGUGGUGGCGUCAGGAGGAGGAGGCGGACCUGGAGGUGGCAGCGAGGGUGGCGGAAUGGCUCCGCCGCAAUACAGGAGAGCCAGCUACUGUGCGAAUGAGUCGCGGAGUAAUCCGGAAAUGGGCAGGAGGCAGGCCAACCUGCGAAGGAGGGCGAAGCUCGGGUUGGCCGUGUGCAUCUCGAUGAGCGAAUCCUUCGAGGAGGAGAUGGAGCUGUUCUGCAGCGAGCACAUCGCCUUGCUGGAAUCCAUGCUUAGUCGGCUGCGGGCCAGCACGGAGAAUGCGUACAUAAAUCACAAGAACUUUCUGCAGAUCAUGUUCCAGGCCUGGCAGGAUACGAAGCAGUGGUUCAGCGAUCUCUUCACCGCCCCGCGCAUCAAGACGCCCGUCUGGCUGAGCAUCACCACCAGCGGCAGCAAGUACUCAAAGAAUGUGGCGGAGCGAUUCAUAAAGGAACUGUGCGAUCUGCUCUCAUUCGCCGACACCAAGGACUCCAAUUUCUUUAUCAGCACCAUGCUUACGGGGAUUCUCACCCACCACCUAGGCUGGGUGGCCACUGUGUCGGCCUUCAAUAGCGCCGGCCUUCGGCGAUCGGAGUCCUCCGCAUCGGCGGCGGCCAUCGAGCAGCGGGCCAAGCUGCUCCAAGUGGCCCAGAAGCAUCCGUACAAUGCCCUGUGGGCCCAGCUGGGCGACCUUUAUGGAGCCAUCGGCAUGCCGCCCAAAUUGGCUCGCACCAUUGUCUGUGGAGCGGAGAAGUUGUGGGUGGAGAAGCUGUUAAACGUGCUCACCUACUUCAUCCGCUGCAGCGAGGUACGGCGUGCGGCCAAGCGGGAGGACUUCAACAAGCAGCUGAUCAACGACCUGGUGGCCCAGAGCCAGGCCCAAAACCAGGCGGGCAACCAAGAGCGGCACAAGAGUCCACCGACGCAAAUGCGCGGAUUGAGCAGGACGGCCACCUGCAAGCAGAAUCUAAAUUCCAUUGUCGAUGAUGCGGACGAUGAGAAUGGCGAACUCAAUGGCUACGGCGGGGAGGACGAGAAUGGUGAGCGCGACGAGAUGGACUCUGUAUCCCUGGAUGCCAGCGAUGGGAUGCAGACACUGAAGAAGAAUGAGAUUCCCACGGUGUUGGCCUUUAGGGACUCGCACUUUGUUCAGCAGGAGCUGCGUAUCGGUAACUAUCUAAUGGACACGGGAAUUGACAAGAAGACACUGCUGGCGCGACAGGCGCAGCAGUAUUUUCGCACUGGCAAGGACGGCCGGAUCCGUUUGACAGUGACCACGCCGGACAACGUGGAGCUGUGCAUGGAGGAAGAGCAGUCGAGCGGCACUGGCUCUGUGAGUACUGGUUCCGUGGACGAUGGCGCCAUCGAGGCCAUCGACUACGAAGAGAACAUGGAGGCGCCGCCGAAGAAGAACUUCUUUUGGAACAUGGUGCCGGUGGCGGGCGUCAAGGAGGGGCUGAGUCUCACCGAUUUGGCCAAGCUGCAGCAGGGAAUUCGGAUCAUUAAUAGGAAGCUAGAGCGACGCAGUAGCAGCUACUCUGUUGAGGGUAACCCCGACCAGCUGAGCAAAACGGGUGGAGGCACAGGAACAGGUGACUUUGAGCCCCUUAGCCACGAGAGACGCUCUUCGCAUUUGUCCCUCUCGGAUCUGAUCACGCAGAACAGCAUGGGCAAAAGCGAUCGCAUGACCUGGGGAAUCGAGCCCAUAAAGGAAAACGUGAGCCUGGAAGAGCAGAUCCACUUCGAUCAAUGCCACAAACUAAUCGAGCGAGAGCACGGCAUCUGCCGACAAACAUCGGCGGAUAAUGGCAACGGUGUUGUUUUCGUCCUCGGCGACAAUGAGCCGCUGAUCAACCUGAAGAAGAGCAGCGAGGAUCUGAGCGGAGAUCAAGAUGCCAAGCCCGCCCUAAUGCUGUGCGCCCAGCAUCAGCGCACCCACGACAGGAGUAAACACUCUGGCAUGAAGUUCAACUUUGAGCAGUAUCCGCAGAUUGCAACCAACUACAUGAAGAGCAAGAAUCUGCUGAUGUCCAAUUAUGAUCUGCUAAUGGACAAGGCCACCAAGCUGGAGGCCAGCGAGGCAGCUGCUCUCAAGGAAAGCGAUAGUACGGCAACGCUGGCGGCUAGCAGUAGCUCCACGGCUGCCAUGCCUCCGCCUGCAACUCCGGUGGCUGCGAAUAGCGACCGUUGCGUGGUGUGUAGCAGUGGCGUUGGUAUUAGCGCCUCGGCCACCUGGAACCAAACACCUUCCAACGCCACCGAGCUGGAGUUUGAGACAGAUGAGGUGCACUGCUAUAAUCAGAGUGGGAUCGGCAAUGGAUCCAGCUCCAGGGUCCUGCAGGCUGUGAGCUCGGCCGCGUCCAUAGACACCCUCAAGUCGGCGGCUGCUGUCGAGCCACUUAGUCCACCGAUCCCAACGCAGAUGCAGACCACCUACAUGCGAAAGCAGCAGCCCAAGCGGGUGCCGUCAGGACGUAGUUCCGUCUCCUCGGUGGCCGCAAAGUGUGCGGCUGUCAAUGUGUCCCAGCAGCUGCUAAAACUGCCUGUUCCGGGCGUCAAGGAGCUUCCACAGGACGACGACUCCCCGGGCGAUCAGCUGCGGGCCGGCUUCAUUCCCUCGCUGCUGCUUAGCGUCAGUGAUCACUACGUCUCCGAUAUGGUACUCCAGGGCACUUGUGCUCCACCUAAUAAGUGGGAGAUGCAUCUGCGCGAGGAUCUAGCGCUGGCCGCGCGCUCCGCUUCGCUAAUCUCGCAGCCAGCGGAGAACAUAGCUAUUGUGGCCGACAUGGACAAGUGGGAUGUUCGGCUUAUCUCGUCGCAGACGCAACAGUUUCCGUACGCCGGUGGCCAGAGCUCGCCUGUGGGCAUGUCUCAGCUCGUGUCCAGCAUGCUGGAAACCGUACAGGCCAUGCAUGCAGGUGGAAUUCCCGCCUACGAGUGUUUGUCGUUCCUUGAGUCAAAGCUGCAGGAAAUCUAUCUGCAAUCGGAAACAUUGGCAGCGUUCCUGCUGGAAACGGACCCUUGCCGCCUGAGCGACAUUACAAAUCCUCUGCAGCUCUCCGAGAAUGAUGUGCCGCUGUUGCUAUCAAUCGCAUAUAUACACACGCCCAAGAUCAGCCGCAAGUGCGGUAUCAGCUUCAGGUGACAGGCCGCCGCCGUCGCCGUUUGCUGAGCCAGGACAUUGCCAAACAUUCUACCACAAUCCACCCUUCAGCGAGCUCUUCUCAUGCAUCAUCCAAAGCGAUACAAGCAAAUACUCCAGCGAAUUUUAUUUUCACUGAUUUUGUGAUAUAUUUAUACGUGUAUGAAUCUAGCGCUUUAAAGCAGGAUACGUUAGUGAGCCAUAGCUUAGCCUUAGCCCCUCGAACGGAACCAAUCCGAUCCAAACAGAAACGGUUGGUUUCAUACUAAUUUAAUCGCCCGGUGUAAACGGGUCGUUCAUCGAAAUUUACCACAUCCACUCAUCGCGGUCACAUGAAGAAGUAUUGUAAAUUAUCUGGGUUAGAAUUAGCCGGCCAGAUUGCGUUGGCGAUGACGGUGACGAUGAUGAUGACGACUCCGGCUUAGCAGCACUCGAAAAGCCCUGCUAUCGGAUUAAUCGAUCGCCAGAACAUAUCUUGCCCCGCCCCACACUUUUGUAGUGCUUGAUUUAGAUUUAAUAAUUUAUGACAGCAGUAAUAUAAUCGUAGAAAUAAUUGUAUAAGUUUACAAUACCCUAGGGAUGCUGUGCAGCUACUAAACUAAUAUGUGUAUAAUGCAUUCGAGAAAACAACUAAAACAACAAAUAAAUCAAAACAAAAUAUGUA